AUGGUCACUGGAACUGAAAUAGUGUCCCCACUAAGCACUAUGAGAACUGAACGCAGUAGCCCGCCGAUCAAGACGCAUCAGAAUUUCUCUUGCCCGAGAAUAUUUGAGAUGGAUACGAGGGAUCAAUUCCAUGGUCAAGAACCACCGUCACCACCGUCACCACCAUCACCACCAUCGGGGCCGUAA